UUUCAAAUUUCAGUUAUUUCUCUCUAAACUCAUUUCUCUGUAACCCUCACAUUUCCAUUGCCAAAAAAACAAACCACCAUGAGUAAAGCUCUCCUCGAGGUUGAGCGGCGAGUCCUCCGCCUCCUCCACGGCCACAAAACCCGAACCCGACUCCCAGAAAUCCACGCCCAUUUCCUCCGCCACGGCCUCGACCAAUUAAACCAAGUCCUUGCCCACUUUGUCUCCGUUUGCGGGUCCCUUCACAAAAUGGCCUAUGCAAAUCGCAUCUUUUGCUUAACCCAUAACCCAAAUAUCAUAUUUUUCAAUUCUAUGAUUAAAGGGUACUCGCUUUGUGGACCCUUUGAGCAAUCCCUCCAUUUGUUUUCCCUUUUGAGAAGCCGGGGCAUUCGGCCUGAUGAAUACACGUUUGCUCCUUUGCUUAAGGCGUGUUCGGGUAUUUGUGAUUGUAAACUUGGGCAAUGUGUUCAUGCGGAGGUAAUUAGGAUUGGGUUUGAGCGUUUUGGUUCGAUCCGGAUUGGGAUUGUUGAGUUGUAUGUGAGUUGUGAGAGAAUGGAGGAUGCUAGGAUGGUGUUUGAUGAAAUGUCUUAUAGAGAUGUGGUUGUUUGGAAUUUGAUGAUUCGGGGGUUUUGCAAGAUGGGUGAUGUUGAUAUGGGGUUGUGUUUGUUUAGAAAGAUGAGUGAGCGGAGUGUUGUUUCUUGGAACUCGAUGAUUUCUUGCUUGGCGAAGAGUGGGUGGGAUAGGGAGGCUUUGGAACUCUUUUGUGAAAUGAGGGAUCAGGGUUUUGAGCUAGACGAAGUGACUGUGGUGAUUGUGUUGCCUGUUUGUGCUCGUUUGGGGGCUGUUGAGGUUGGGCAGUGGAUACACUCAUACUCAGGUUCUAGAGGGCUUCUGAGAGAUGCUAUUUCUGUGGGUAAUUCGCUUGUUGAUUUUUAUUGUAAAUGUGGAAAUUUGGAAGUUGCGCGCAGCCUUUUUAAUGAAAUGCCUUGCAAAAAUGUUGUUUCGUGGAAUGCAAUGAUCUCAGGUCUGGCACUCAAUGGGGAGGGUGAGGUUGGGGUCAAAUUGUUUGAGGAGAUGAUAAACAAAGGUAUGAGCCCUAAUGAUGCAACUUUUGUAGGCGUUUUAGCAUGUUGUGCCCAUGCAGGCUUGGUGGAAAAGGGGCGAGAGUUGUUUGCUUCUAUGUCUGAAAAACACCAAAUUCAACCAAAGCUUGAGCAUUAUGGUUGUAUGGUUGAUCUUCUUGGGCGUAGUGGACUUGUGAGGGAGGCUCAUGGCUUGAUUAGAAACAUGCCCAUGAAGCCAAAUGCUGCUUUAUGGGGUGCAUUGCUUGGUGCUUGCCGCACUCAUGGUGAUGUAGAAGUUGCAGAACUUUCUGUUAAAGAGCUGAUCAAUAUUGAACCGUGGAAUUCUGGUAAUUAUGUGCUUUUGUCAAAUAUAUACGCAGAUGAAGGGAGGUGGGAUGAGGUUGCAAUGGUCAGGGUUUUAAUGAAGGAAAAGUGCGUCAAGAAAGCACCAGGGCAGAGUGUGAUUGAAUAAUUAUGAAAUGUUGGUUUAGGAAAAAAAAGUCUUCUCUUGGCUGGUAUUCUAGGUGUUUGGUUCCUUUAUUGCAAGACUUAACAUCUCCACCAUGAAUUGAAGAUAUACAUGAUGGCUGUUUGGGAAAUGACUUAAAGCAAAGGAAGGCUGGUUGCUUUGUGCAUCCACCUAGAUCCUGGUCAAAUUUACAAAAAUGAUGAUGGGAUCGCAUAGAAAUGGAAGCAGGAGGCUGAAAGAAAGCAAAUUUACUGACAGAGUAAGAAACCUUACAAUGAGAAUUUUGCUGAGAGAAAACAGAGAGACAUUUUUUAGAAUAUUCUUCUAUGUUUAUUUCUUCCGGACAAGUUCGAUAUGAAUAUCGGGUACAAGAAAUUGAGAAUUGUAAGCAAAGAAAGUCAGCAAGAACCAAUAGAAUUCUUUCAAUGAAAUACCUUCCCCUGUCUUUGUUUUUGUACUUCUUCAUAAUAAGCUAUUGACUCCCAAAAAUCAAAGAACUAGAGCUCUUCUAUA